GGUGGAGGAUGGCAACCCCUAGGAAUUCCACAACGACUAAUCUUAGAGCUGAACCUGGUGCAACAAAGGGAUGGGAGAGGUCACCGGUGAAUUAUUUAAAGGUGAACGUGGAUGCCUCAUCAGGACUUGUUGAUAGGUAUGUAGGCCUGGGUUUUAUUGUGCGAGAUUAUGAAGGCCGAUUCGUAGCUGCUAAAAGUAUUAAAUGUAGAGGGAGUUUUGGUCCACGUGAAGCAGAAGCCAUCGCAGUUAAGGAAGCACUUAGUUGGAUUAAAAGUAAAGGCUGGAAACAAGUCCUUGUGGAAACAGACUGUAAGGAGGUUGUCGAUUCACUUAAUAGUACUAUCAUGGACUGGUCUUACUUUAACUCUAUCAUUGAAGAUUGUAAGCGUCUCCAAAUGCUCUGUGCAGGAGACCUUAAUUUUUGUUUUACUCCUCGCUCCGGAAACGAGGCAGCGCAUUUGUUAGCGCGUAGUAGUUGCAAUGAUGAUGUUUCAGAAGAAGAGGACGGGCAAGGGGGAAGGAGAAGAAGAAAGAAGAAAGGACUGACCGAGAAGAUCAAAGAGAAGCUGCUGCCCGCCGCUGCCGCCGGGAAUAAGCUGCAUAAUAAAAAUACUGAACACGAUGAUGAUCAGAAGAUGCAGGCACCGGCCAGUCUUUACCCGCAGGGGGCGGCAGGCGCCGCCACGGUGAGCCACAGCAGCGCACCCCUUGCCGGCGAUCAUCAUCAUCACGAGAAGAAGAGUGUGAUUGAGAGGAUCAAAGAGAAACUACCUGGGACCCAUCAUUGAUCAUAUUUACAGAUCAGAUUAUAUGUUACCUAAUUAAUUAUUAAAAUGUAAUAGUAGUG